AUGUACCGGCACAGCUACGUCUUCCAGACCCACAAAGAGCAGUACGAGCGAGCAGAGGAGGUGCCCAACUGCUUGGCCAAAGGCCAGGCCGCGGCGUCCAGCCUCGCGGCGCUGCAGGGGCUCGGCGAGCGCUUGGCCGCCCACGUCCAGCGGGCCCGCGCGCUCCAGCAGCGCCACGCUGUCCUUCGGCUACAGCUGGACGCCUUCCAGCGCCUGGGCGAGCUGGCGGGCCGGGAGGAUGCCUUGGCCCGCCACGUUGAGGGUAACCGCCUGCACACCAGGGAUCUGGCGGCGGAGCACGCUCGGCUGGAGCGCCAGUGCGCAGAGGCGCAGUGCUCGCUGCACGAGUUCAGGAGCAAGUAUGAAAAUGAAUGUGAAUGUCGACUGCUGCUAAAAGAAAUGCUUGAGCGGCUUCAUAAGGAAGCUGAUGAAGCUUUACUGUGUAACCUGCACCUUCAGAUCGAAGCACAGUUUCUGCAGGAUGAUAUCAGUGCAACAAAGGACAGGUACAAAAAGAAUCUUCUCGAAAUUCAGACUUAUGUCAGCAUCCUGCAGCACAUCAUCCAGACCACCCCUCAAGCAUCGGCCAUUACAGGUGGAGUGAGGGAGGAGAAGCUCUUGACAGAAUGGGAGGUACCCGCCCUGCAGCAUCAGCUGGAGGAGGGCCAGGAGGUGCUGUCUGUCCUGCAGGCUCAGAGAGCCGAGCUGCAGGCCCAGACAGCAACCCUGGAGCAAGCUAUUAAAGACGCCAACGAGUGUGAUGAUGAUGAGAUUCAGCUCUACAAUGAACAGAUUGAAACCCUGCGGAAGGAGAUUGAAGAGACUGAGAGGAGCCUGGAGAAGUCUUCCUAUGAUUGUCGGCAGCUGGUGGUCGCCCAGCAAGCCCUAAAGAACGAACUGGACCGGUAUCAUCGGAUCAUAGAGAAUGAAGGCAAUAGGCUGAGCUCCACCUUCACUGAAACUCCUGUUACUCUGUUCACCCCAUGGCAUGGAGCCUCUUUCAGCCCUCGAUCCAGCGGGAAAGAUCUCUCCAGAGCUGUGCAGGAUAUAACAACAGCAAAAACAAGACAAAAAGGCCUCCCCAAGAACAUUCCAAGGAAAAAGGAGAUUAUAGCUAAAGACAAAGCAGAUGAAAAUCUGGAAGACACUCCACUGAAAGGUCUAGAAGUCACAAAGCCAGUGCAGGUGGUAGUUAAAGAGGAAGGUGAAUUAAAAUUUGAAUCAGGGGAUGAAGAAGCAAGUCCCCCUACCCCAGAAGUGGCUCCAGAGGAUGUACCAGAUGGAGGGCAGAUAAGCAAAGCCUUUGAGAAACUCUGCAAGAUGGUCAAGGAGAGAGUAAGAAGCCCCAAGGAGCCUGAGCCGCCAGCUGACCUCUACACCAAAGGGCGGUAUGUGCUUGUCUUGGGGGAUGCCAGUUAUGUGGACCCUGGGUUUUGUUCCUUGUCCAUCCCGGCCAGGGGAAGAGUGGUUGUUUCCAUUGAGGAUGACUCUCUGCAUCGUGACAGCCCUGUGGAGCCCUCUCCUGAGCAGCCCCAACCCCCUCUGGAGAAUGGCCAGGGGGGUCUACAGGGGAGAGAAGAUGGGCACCCACUGAAUCAGCAUACUGCAAACAAGGAGAAUGAGAUAAACACCAAAGAACUGACAGGUCCCGGGGAAAAGCAUAAUGGCCAGAAGGAGGAUGAAGGGCCCAGGAGGCCCUGUGUCGUGGUCACACCUUGUUCAGAUGGACCGUAUGCACCCCCACUCGAAAGGCCUGGGACCAAUCAGGGUGGAUCUGAGGGGCAGAGGGCUAGAAAAGGCAGCCUGCUAGAGAGAAACCCUCCCAGGACUUUGGCAUAUGAGAAGGUGGAAGUGAUGGAAUCCAUUGAGAAGUUUUCAACUGAGAGCAUUCAGAUGUAUGAAGAAACUGCUAUAAUUGUGGAGACCAUGAUUGGAAAGACAAAGGCAAACAAGAAGAAACAGGGAGAAAAGGGUUCU